AUUGGUGAUUAUUUUAUGUUUGUUUUCCUUUUUUCAGGUGAGUCACGAGUGAAAAUUGGAGGGACAAGAACAAGAAGAGUCUCUGAAUAUCUGAGCCGCGGCCUGCGUAUUACCAAGGUGGACGUGCCGAGCCCUGUGGUGGUGGGGGAGGGCGGCUGGCUGGUGUGUGAGUUCGUUGAAGAGGGUCAGAGUGUUUACGCCCUCAAGUGGUACCUGGGACUGGACGAGUUUUACCGCUGGACACCUGCCGAGAGCCCCCCCGUGAAGACCUUCCCGGUAGAUGGCAACCCACUGCGGGUGGACAAAAACGCCUCCAGUCGCGGCCGAGUCAAGAUCCACGACGUGAGGCUUGGGGCUGCCGGUGUGUUCCGCUGCGAGGUGUCCGGAGAGGCCCCGCACUUCCACACUGAGUCAGGUGUGGCAGAGAUGAAGGUCGUUGACCUGCCUGACAAGAAGCCGCUGAUCACCGGGGUGCAGGGCAGCUACCAGAUGCACGAGGACGUGAUCGUGAACUGCUCGUCGCCUCGCUCGCUGCCGCCCGCCACACUCACCUUCUAUGUCAACGAUGAGCAGGCCGAUCCAUCAUGGGUGAUGCAGUACCCGACUUACGAAGACCCUGAGAGUGGCCUGGAGACAUCCAUACUGGGUCUACGGUUCCCCUUGAGGCCGAGGCUACUUCGAGGGGGCAUAGCUGAAGUCAAGUGCACCGCCUCCAUUCUCAACAAGUACUGGGAGAGCAGUGUGGUGUCUGUGUAUAGUGACAUGCCCUAUCAUGCUUCCAUCAUGGAGGGACGCGCCGCCACGGGCACAGGGUGUUUGGCGGCAACCUCCAGCACGGCCACCCCUCUUUUGCUGGUGUUACUCCUACUGCUGCUGCUGCGCUAGACACUCCCACGCCCAGAGGAAGAGUCACCGGGAAGCCCUGGAUCCUAUCGUUCGCCAAGGGAGUGUGUUGCUUUAGUUGGAUGGAAGCUUCUCCUACACUAAUUUAUGUCCACACCGAAAUAUAUUGCGCGUGCUUAGGAAGGACGACCGUGUUUCCUCGACGAGUGAAGUCUGCUCAGCGUGUCGAGAACGCUUUAAUUCUAGUAUGGCAAGGCGACAGAGCACGAGAUAUUUGAUCUGCUCUCUGCUUCUAAUUCAAGUGUUUCCGAAAAUGAUGAAAUCCAGAUCUGAUGAAUACUGUGAUUUCCACAAUAUAGAGGAAGACAGACAUCGAUCGCUGUGUUGUGUCGCAAUGUGGAAACGCUCCCUAGUCAGGCUUAUAGUGCAGCAGGAGCACCGGUGUUGAGGUGGGGUCGUGUACGUACUCACAGACUUGUGCCUCAGGACGCAGUGGCCGAGAUGAGACACCCCAGGGACGCUAUGGAAGAUGCGCUGUGCUGAAGGUGUCUUCUGUGCUGGGAAUUUUAGCAUAAAUGUAUUGUCGCCAUAGGUUACCUUAUUCUCUCUGAAGUCAACCUUUCGGUUCCCAUGGUAUCUGCGAGUCUGUGGCGUGAUGUAAAUAUGUAGUGGAGUUCUGGAAAACAUAAUAAUGAGCGUGGACAUGAGGGCCGCACCUACGGCAGCCGUGAAGGUGCGAGGGUGUGCGGACAAAACGUGCCUCAAAACAUAUUACCAGCAUGACAGCCAGGUGAGAAGUGACGGGCAGCGCCAGCGGGGCAUGAUUGUGAGGGCCGCCUGCUUCUUCAAAUGGACGCUCUGAAAAUAAUGAACUGUUUCAAGAUUUCUGUGGGUUUUAGAUAUAUUGGAAAAUGCAUCACUAGUUAUCAUGCUUUAAAAGGGAUCGUCUUUUAUCAUGUGCAUUAAUUCAGUAAGCCAUUAAUCAGUAACAAUACGGUAACAGAGUAAGGAGGAGAGCCACUAACAAGGCUGCUCUAAGUGACCAUCCCGCGGCGCCUCAAGGCAUUAGUAGGCUGUUCGUGCACCCGGACGCCGCCACCAUGCUUCCCGCACUCUCGGGGUCAUCCUGCAGUUCACGAAAAGGAAAGACUGAUGAGUGUGGCCUAACAAGAUGGAGGGUCAGGAUGGCAUUGCAGGUUGUGUCAACACACACCAGGAACACAGUACAUCUGCUGCGCGGGAACAACAGUAAGUCAUGUCGGGUCCAUUUAUUAGAAUCCUGGAGUUGUUAGUGAUGUCAAUUUUGUUACAUUAAUAGGUACGCAAAAAGAGAAAAAAAGCUUACUCGUAUUUAAAAUUUUUAUUUUGAAGCACAGGUGAGAGUAUGAAAAUGAUGAAUGAGCUGCAGUGGAUUUCGUUCAAAACAGCAAUCUAUUCUGGAAUUGGAAAUAGCACUUUUGUGUUUAGUUAAAAUAAAUAAACGCAGAAACAUGUUGAGGGUGCUAGAUUCCGUACUUUUUUUUCACAGCCGAUGCAGAUCAGCUUUGAAUGAAUGAGGCUUUGUGGUGAUGCGUGAUUAUUUCAUUUUGAGCACCAGUGUGCCAGCAUGAAUGUUGCCGGGACGCGUUUGAUCUUGCGCGGAUGAAUUUGACUUGUAUUUAUUGAAUUGCCCCGUGGACCUCCAUUACCUUUAACGUGUGCACGUUUAACGCGUGUGUGUGUGUGUGUGUGUGUGUGUGUGUGUGUGUGUGUGUGUGAGAGAGAGAGAGAGAGAGAGAGAGAGAGAGAGAGAGAGAGAGAGAGAGAGAGAGAGAGAGAGAGAGAGAGAGAGAGAGAGAUUCAUCACUAUCAGAACAUGUCAGAACUUGUAUUUAUUUUCUACCUUUAGAUGCUCACAGUUUAGAAUCACGUAAUGAAAUUGUAUUCAACAUGCUUUUUUUUAUUUAUUUAUAUUUUACGAAGGAUAAAAUGUAAGUGUAAUACUUUGGAAUGUCUUAAGUUGUAAGAAUAGACGAAGGGUUUAUAACACCAAAGAUUACCAGAUAAAAUUAAGAGCCAAUGCAUAAUCUUUAUAUGUAAAUGCUUCCAUCAUUGCUCGGUUGUGUGGCCUUGUAAGCUAAUGGAAAAGUGUUAUUGUUCUGCUUUGGAUUUUUUGUUAUUGUUCUCAAAAAAAAAUUCAAUAACAAAUACUACAUUAGUUAAGGUAUCCUUGAAUUGUGAACAAUAAUUUGUCGUCUUAUGUAUAUCAUCAUUAUUCACGAAAGUAAAGCUCAUGAAACAGAUUAUUCAAAGGAAGCCCGGGAGUCCAAGCACAGAAUCUGAAUAUAAAUCUGCCUGAGUCCUCGGCCGCGGAAGUGCUGUACGGUCAGCAGCAGAAUGUCCUGUGCAGACAGGGUCGUCAGAGAUCUCUUCCUUUGAUCUUUCUUUUCAUCCACAUCUGUGUGGAUGGAGAGAUUACUUUGUUUACACGACUUUAUUUCAUAAAUCUACAAAAUGGAAACACGUGGCUAGAGCAGUGUCACUCAGACCGCACGCGGCUUGGGUCAGCUUGCAGUGCCCCGGUAAGGGAAGAGGACUGGCAGGGUGUUGUUGGUGUGUCACCUUCCGGCACGUCCUUCCUGGUAUUACACUUCCUGAUGUAAUUUUCAGUGUUUAAUUCCCUUAGAUUAUCAGAGAUAGUGUUUUCCAUCGCUCUGAAAGUUUAUCUCUGUCAACACAUGGAGCUUUUUUUGCCAGAUACUCAGCGUACAUCAUUCCAUAUCCUCAUUAUUUCCUCUUCUGGCGUUACAUGUUUCCUUUUCAGUUUGUUUCAUGGUCUAUAUUUUUUUCCCCCUUCUUUGGAUACACUAUAUAUAUAUAUAUAUAUAUAUAUAUAUAUAUAUAUAUAUAUAUAUAUAUAUAUAUAUAUAUAUAUAUAUAUAUAUAUAUAUAUAUAUAUAUAUAUAUAUAUAUUAACCUUACAAUACAAACACUUUCUUUUUUUAUCCUGAAGAGCGCUAAGCGUUACCUAGCAGGUGUUAGGGAGACGCGGUGUAUCCAGGUGCCAAUAUCCAGGGGUAGAUAUUCAAGUGAACUCUGUCUCGUGUGGAGUUACCUGCCUCACUGUCUGUAUCCAGUGGAGUUAAUUGAAGUUACCUUUGUUCUGUGUCAAGUUCGAAGGCUUAAGCUGUCAAUAUUGCGGCAGAUCCAUUCCUGCCAGCCCUUCAGCCUGAGGGGAAUAUGAAGCGGGAUGAAGCGUUGGUCUGAGGCUGCACUAAAACCACGACUGGGGUGGUGAGGCGGCCUGGCAUUACAAAGACCAAGACGAAAAUGGUCUCCUGCAUCAAUACUUCCCUUGCCCUGUGAAAGUGUAGCUUCUCUCUUAUAUUCUGGCGGGCCUGUCAGGGUGUGGGGAUGGCGAGCCAUAACCCGAGUGAGGGACGCCUCCCUGGGGUCUCCCACACUACUGCGGCAAACAAUAACAACGGCUUUGUGGACGCAAUCAGACAAGGCAACCUUACCGUUCUUUUUUUCUUUGGCUCUGUUUCUUUCUUUUUUUUUUAUCCAUUUCCCUGCCUCGCGCCUCCAACCCAUCGUAUGUGUACUUUGCUUUUACAGAAAAUACAAAAUUGUGUAAUAUGUAACUGGCGUAAUUUAAUACCAUUGUUAGAGUAAAAAAAAAUUACAUUCGAAUUACACAGAAUUUCCUCGGGAACUCAGCAUUAUAACUGGCUCUGGCCUUAAGAGAUUCCGGAUUGUUUAUUAAUUAAAUGUAUUUCUUUUGAAGCUUGUUUUGAAGCAUGAGGCAUGAUAAACAAGAUAGUCUUUCGCUCCCAGGAAAAUCACACAGUAGAUCACGGUACAAGUUAAUGUCAACAAAGCGAGAGUGGGAGUGAUUGGGCACAUCCACCAGUCACGUUACUGAAUUGUGAUUAAUUCCGUUUCGGACGCGUGUAUUUUGUAAAACUUUUUUUUUUCUCUCUCUCAAAUUCCAAAUUUAUUCAUGUAGUGCUCCCAGAGUACACGUGUACACCGGCUGGAGAGGAGAGGAGGGGGAGGGUGGAGGUUGGGAAGCACCAGUCCUAGCCAACCAUCCAGUGUACGCAUGUCUGUGUGUGUGAAGAACUGCAAGGGUUCUUACGUCCACUGAUCAAUGAAUGGAUAGAUAGUUAUAUGUGUAUAUAUACGAGUGUGCAUACAUAUAUAAAAUUCAGUGAGUUGCCGAAACCAAAAAUUACUAUAACCACGAAUAUAUGAAAAAUAUAUAUACAUACUGGCCAUAGUCAUUACCUUAUGUUAUAUUGUUCUUAUGUAGGAAGCCAGCUUAAGAUAUCACAUGUAAAUAUGUAUAUAUCUAUAUUUGUUUACGAACAUUGUUGUGACUGUAAAUAAAUUGCUGUACAUG